AUGGCUUCUGCUUUUCCCCCAGUUUACUCAUUCCCCCCACUUUAUACUCCACAGCCAAAUGCUUUAAUAAGAGAACAGCAAGUAUCCACAUGGAUUGAUAUAAUUUUACAAUACUGCAAAAGUAAAGAUAGCUGGUGCAUGACUUUCGAGGGUUCUGUUAUUGAUUUAAGCACAUUGAUGAUUGAAAUAGCCACACAAGGAAUUCCUAAGGAGAGAGAAAGUAUAUUUAAAAAUAAUGAUAUUCAAAGAGCUGUUCCUCAAUCUUUUAUGGAAGAAAUUUGGAAAAAACUAGUCUCGGAUGGAAAAGCAAUCAGUACUGAUAUUAAGACAAAAAAUUCAAGAACUUUCUACAUCUUUUGGAAAAAUGUUGACUCAUGGGCUUCAUUAAUUCUUCAAUGGUUUGAAACUACAACAAAACUAAAUCAAGUCGUGACUGUUUAUGAAUUAACACAAGGUGAUGAGUCAAUUGGCUGGGAAUUCUAUGGUAUGCCAGAGCCAAUGAUGAUCCAUUGUUUGAAGCCAUUAUUAGCAAGGAACCGCGCUACUUUGAUGAAAGACGAAAUGGGUAAAGUUGUGGCGAUCAAAGUUGUAUGA